CGAAUAGGUAAUAGGUAAUAGGUUACAAAAUCUGUUAACGUACUGCUCAUAAAGAAAGACUUAAAAAAGGUUGAGAGAACUUUUAUCUUACAGUAUACGCAUCCUAGUCACUGCACUAAUUGUUAGAGUUAGUUCUAUCAGGAAACAAUUUAACCUUCUAAUCUUGGGUAGAAAUUGACCAUGUUCUAUAACUAACAUGGUUUAAAAAUGUUUAGUCCCUUGAAGCCUAUCAGACAGUUGGGUUUAAAGUUCAAAGUUCCAUGGUCCUUAUUUGCUCUUUACUGUGGAUUGUGUAAAGGUGUAUUUAUGGAUGUGUGGUAUCUUAUAAGCCAUUUGGUCCCUGCCUCUAAUUCUAAAGGUGAGUGUGUGAACUGGGAAGCCUGAUCAUCCUGCCAUAAUGAACGCAUGUGAGAGAGCUGCUUUUUGCUUUCUCCUCCUGCUUGGGCUGAACCAGACACCGCUGUAUGUAACAGCAGGGAAGAUCCUCAUCUGGCCUGCAGAAUUCAGCCACUGGCUCAAUGUCAAAGUCGUCAUAGACGAACUCAUAGCAAGAGGGCACAGCGUGACGGUUGUUACCCAUAGUGCAACACCCUCUGUAAAGACUGAUCAGUCUCCAGGAUACAAUGUAGAGAUCAUACAGGUACCAUACACAAAGCAGGACGUUGUUGAUGGCUUGAAUAAUUUUAUGAAGUACUGGAUAUAUGAUGUGCAACAUGACAACGUAAUCCAGGCUUCCCUGAAGAUCAAGAAGAUCAUUGAUACGAUGGCCGAGCAGAAUCAUGCACUGUGCAGAGAGAUUUUUGGAAAUGAAGAUCUGCUGGAGAGGUUGAGAAAGGAACAGUUUGAUGUUCUACUGACAGACCCCAUGUAUAUGUGUGGUGAUCUCCUGGCUCUGAAGUUGAACCUGCCUUUUGUCAUCAGUCUGAGGUUUAGUUUUGGAAGUGCUAUGGAGCGUCUCUGUGGGCAGCUGCCAACCCCAUCUUCUUACGUUCCAGCGGUCAGCUUAAGCUACACAGAUCAAAUGGAUUUCCCUCAAAGGGUGAAAAACACAUUGUUUAAUAUGUUUCAGGAUUUUCUAUUUAUGCUUGUGGCUGCAGUAAAGUGGGAUCCAUUGUAUACAGAGCUCAUGGGCAAACCUACCUCACUAUGUGAAACUAUUGGCAAAGCUGACAUCUGGUUAAUCCGAACUUAUUGGGACUUUGAAUAUCCACGGCCACUCCUGCCAAACUUUAAAUUUGUGGGUGGAUUACACUGCAAACCAGCAAAACCUCUACCAAAAGAGAUGGAGAAGUUUGUCCAGAGCUCAGGAGAUGAUGGUAUUGUAGUGUUUUCACUGGGAUCUAUGGUAAAAAACCUCACCAAAGAGAGAGCGAAUACCAUCGCUUCAGCACUUGGCCAGAUUCCCCAAAAGGUAUUGUGGCGAUACGCAGGGGAGAAACCAGAAACUCUUGCUCCUAAUACAAGAAUCUUUGACUGGAUUCCUCAAAAUGAUUUACUAGGACAUCCUAAAACUAAGACCUUCGUCACCCAUGGUGGGACUAAUGGAUUAUAUGAAGCUAUUUAUCAUGGAGUUCCAAUGGUGGGCCUGCCGCUGUUUGGUGAUCAGUCAGACAAUUUAAAUCACAUGAAAACCAAAGGAGCUGCUGUUAUCCUUGACUUGAACAAAAUGGAGAGCAAGGACUUGACGCAGGCUCUCAAUGACGUCAUCAAUAAUCCAUUAUACAAAGAGAGCAUGAUGAGAUUAUCCCGAAUCCAUCACGAUCAACCGAUGAAGCCGCUAGACCAGGCAGUCUACUGGAUCGAGUUUGUGAUGCGCCAUAAGGGGGCCAAGCACCUCAGGGUCGAAGCCCAUAACCUCACGUGGUAUCAGUACCACUGCUUGGAUGUGGCAGCCUUUUUAAUUUCUGUAAUUGCACUGGUUGUGUUCAUCUUUGUGAAAACGUGCAGCUGGCUCUUCCGUAAAUGUUUUAGAAAGACCCCAGGAAAAAGCAAGAAAGAGUAAAGCAAGUGUAUGGGAAUGUAUUAAUAAUUACUGCCAUAUUUUGAAAGAUGUUUCAAACACCCUGUUUGUACAUUAUAGUAUUCAUUCAUGUUUUACCAAUUACUUUUUUUCUCCUUAAUAAUAAAUGAAAACAUAAUUCAAAAACUGUCUUUUGUAUAUACUCGGAAUUAUCUUUGUGAACAAUUACAAUUUCCUUGAUGAUUUUAUU